CAGUAACCGACAGACCACCGGGGCCGCCUCACUCUGGUAGAAAAGGUGAGCAGAGAUCUGCUGUAGGUUGUCUGUGUGCAUGCAAGGGACUGUUUCUAUUUGUAUGCAAGAGACAGAAAGAGAGCAUGAGUUCAAAAUGUUUUUGAGGUGAUCUUGUUCCUGUGCAAAGUCCAUUUUGGUGCAGAGUGUAAAAGUACAGAACUGCACUAUGACUUGUAACGUUAAGAGGAUUAGGAUGAAAUCUUUAUAGCACUUCUUUGCAUGUUUGCAUGAUGCUCGGCUCUUUAAACGAGUUCACCAAUACUACAGUUCAACUGAAGCUGAGCUCUAACGUAUUCCUUCAGUAGUGGCAUCAGUGGCAGUAAUGGAUGCUACGAAAACUUCCCUGGUUUUACCCCUUUAGGCAUUUCUUCAUAUUGUUUCUGUUGAAACUGUAAGAUAUCCACGCUGUCUCAUCCCCAGUGUACUAUAUACCAAUGUUUAGUCACUGCCCCUCGCAUUGUUAUACCAACAAUUACAGCUUCUUUAAGUGUCUGUAGGAGCUGCACCAUUAACCACAAUGUAAACCCUAACCCUAACAAAACAGAACAUCGAGUUAUGGAAGUUGUAUUAAAGUUAUGGAACUUAAUUUGACCCAAGCCACACUUUUUUUUCUUAAAUCUGACCAAGCGUUUCCGUUUGAAUUCAAACAAACUAACAACAUUUUACUGCAACCUUAGUGGAGCGUCACGAUUUGAUAUGUAAGGCGAUGUAAUGAAAGUGCAUCCAACGGUUCCUUAACAAGCGUCAAUAUUCGACGAGCUGGGAUUGAGAAUGGUUUAAAAAUGAUGAAGAAUGACUGUAUUGUAAUUCUACAGUUUUCCUACUAGUUUCAAAAAAGUUAUACAAUCAAUAUUAAGAUAACUGAAGUGAGAUCAAUGCAAAGAUUUCUCACAUGGGGUCUGCCACAGAAAUACAAAUAAAGUUCAAGGUGUUAAAAACAUCUUGAACUUUAUUUGUAUUUCUGAGAAACUGAGAAAAGAUGGGCAGUCUCUAAGUGAAUCUCUUUUAUAUAGUUUUUGUUUCCCCACUGAGAGUUACUUUAUACGUGAUAGUCGAGUUAGGAGUUUACAGUCCGUGUCCAAUAAUUGUUUUUUCCCAUCACAGUCCGGUUUUCUGAGAGAAACAUGUUAACUGUUGUAUUUUAUUCACAGUUUGACCCGAUCAGGUCAGUUUGACCUCAUAUUUGUGUUUGCUGACGAGCCAUCUGAUUUACUUUAGUGUUUGUGGAAUGAAUCCAGUUCUCUGUGGUUUGCUUUUAAUCAAAUUAUUUCCUAAGGAGUGAUCCAGACGCUACAAAACUGCACAUGGGUGAGUAUUCUAGGUUGUUAAAUUCACAGCAUUAUGAACAGUAAGAACAAUUACAACUUAUCUAAUAUCUAUAACAGAACAUUGACUCUUUAGGCCUGAGUAUUUUCAUUAGCAUGUGUCACUCUGCAAGAUGUGAUGUUGGGGUCAUUUUUAUAAGCAGCAAAGAAGAUUUAAUACUUAUUUAGAGCUACUGAAAGAAUACAUGUAAGACCAAUUCUUAGCACACAUGUUCAGCUUUUUCCGCAUGUGCAUGACUUUAAUGUAAAAGGAAUUUAGUAACUUCGUUUUUUAUAAAUACAAACAAUGUUUUGGGGCAAAUCUUGUCAAAAUAGUUGUUUUUCAGAAUCCUUAACGAUGUGAUCCAAGAUGCGAGUCCGUGGUGAUUUUUGAUUUUGACUAUUGAGCCAGAUAAAUGAUUAGGCCAUCAACAAAGUGAAAAGAUAUUUCCUCAGGAGACAAUCAGUGUCAUUACCAAAUACUUAUGCAGUCUGUCUACUUUUUGAGCGUUCGUAAACUGGACCAGAGGUUUUAGAUACAAAUGAACCAACAAACUUAAUACGUCUUAUUUUGGAAAUACAGUUUCAGUCAGUCAGCUCAGUAGGGAUAAUUUGCACUGCAAUCACGCGAGUCCUGAUAGGGAUGGUGGUCCCCUCGUGUGAUGGUAUAUGUGAAUGUGUGUGUGGUUUACAUGAUGAUGGUGAGGGAGUGUGUGCAGUGCGUUGGUGUGAGAGUGUGAGGAGUUUGAUUCAUUGAUGUGUGUGAGAUGUUGUGUUUUUUUUAUUUUUAUUCCAUCUAUCUCUCCCUCUGAUUUUCUAUCUGUCUUGGCCGGGCCAUGUGCAAAUCCAAACCAUUCAACAGUUCUGGAGAGUAGAUUGUAUUAACCUCAAUAAUGGUAGUCUCUUUCCGUUUCUUUCUCACUCUCAACCCAGAUGAUGGCUCCAAGCCCACGCCCACCAUGGAGACCCACGUCCCCCCCGAGGGUGACGAGAUAACUGCUCCAACGCUGUGGAUAAAACAGCUGGGUUAUAAGGAGAAUAAACAGAACAGCUCCAGCUCCAAGAGACAAGGAGCGAGAGAGCGCGCUGGACGAGGCUCGGCAGAAUCCUCGAGAGGCCAUUUUCAUCCCGGACUGUGGCCCCGGGGGUAUUUACAAAGCGGUCCAGUGCCACCAGUCCACGGGCUACUGCUGGUGCGUUCUGGUGGACACGGGCCGGCCCAUCCCUGGAACAUCCACCAGGUAAUAUCAAUUCAAAAAGAUAUUCGGUACCAGACGCCGGAGUGUGACGGCACGGCCCGCUCUCACGUCUCAGACACUGAAGACCCCUUCCUGGUCAAAGACCUGCCAGGUUGUGCUGAUGUGGCUGACACUGUUCCACUCUGCUGCCCUCCGAUCUAA